AUGCGCAGCAACCAGUCCAUCCGUGCAGCUGGGAGCACCUUGGUCAAGUCCUCCCGCCCUGGGCGCCCCGAGGCCGCACGCGCGGAUGAGGAAGUCGCGCAGACGGGCGGAAGCCCAACCACCCUUGAGUCGCUGGAGCAGGAGGCAGAGAUGUCCCAGAGACCAAGCAAAAUGCUGCUUUAUGGGGCGUUCACAGGUCAAAGGACAAAGGAAGUAGACCGAGGAUGA